AUGGGCUCCCUGGCCUCACAGGCUGCUGAGGAUGGCAAAAGGAGAAGAAAAAGGAAGACAAGAAAGCUCUGUAGCGGGAAGUCCCGGGAGAAAGGAGCUAGGAACACUGACCGGGAAGGAAAGACGACCAAUCCGGGGCUAAAGGAGGAGGGGUCAAUAACAUUCAAGGAUGUGACUGUGGACUUCACCCAGGAGGAGUGGUGCCUGUUGGAACCUUCUCAGAAAGAGCUGUACAGGGAAGUCAUGUUGGAGAAUAUGCAAAAUGUACUCUUCGUGGGUAAGGACCAUUUCCUCUCCAUGUUGUCUGAUGUAAUCUCUUCUGACGCUGUUGCUUUUUUCACAGAGGCAGAGACUAAUUUUGAAGUGAAAGAGAUGUCUACAAAGCUGAGCCUUUUUGUGGAAGGAUCUGGCCCUCCAAGAACCAUGAAUGAAGGUCCCUGUGACUUCAUUUUGAGAAAAAUCUGUGACUCUAAUAUCAAGGUAAAUAAAAAUCCAAAGAGUGACUGUGAAUUUAAUGAAGUUGCAGAGAAAUUCAGCCAACAUUCAGUCCUAAAUCAGUAUGUGAAAUUGACCGCAGAAAAUGACCGCUGUAUGGAUAAUGAAUACGCGAUAUGCUUUCCUGAAAAAGUAGAAUUUAAUCAGUCGCAUGAGAAGCCUCUUGAAAUACCCAUGUAUCAAGAUAACCUAGGGAGAAUCAACUAUGGCUCAAGUUUAGACCUCACAAGACAUGCAAAAAGUAAACAUGUAGAGAUGCUUUCUGUGAGUAAUAGAGGUGGGAGACCUUUCAGUCUGAACUCUGAGUUUGGUUCCUAUCAAAUAAUCCACUCUGGAGAAAGACCUUAUCAAUGUAAAGAAUGUGGAAAGGCUUUCACACAUAGGGGUCAUCUUGUUAGACAUCAGAGAAUCCACACUGGAGAGAAACCUUAUGAAUGUGCACAGUGUGGAAAGGUUUUCACACAGAGGGGUAACCUUACUAAGCAUCAGAGAAUCCACACUGGAGAGAAACCUUAUGAAUGUACACAGUGUGGAAAGGCGUUCACACGGAGGGGUUAUCUUGUUAGACAUCAGAUAAUCCACACUGGAGAGAAACCUUAUGAAUGUACACAGUGUGGAAAGGCUUUCACUGAGAGGGGUAAGCUUGCUGUACAUCAGAGAAUCCACACUGGAGAGAAACCUUAUGAAUGUACACAGUGUGGAAAAACUUUCACUGAGAGGGGUAAGCUUGCUGUACAUCAGAGAAUCCAUACUGGAGAGAAACCUUAUGAAUGUACACAGUGUGGAAAGGUUUUCACACAGAGGGGUCAUCUUACUAAGCAUCAGAGAAUCCACACUGGAGAGAAACCUUAUGAAUGUACACAUUGUGGAAAGGCUUUCACAGAUAGUAGCUCUCUUGCUGAGCAUCAGAGAAUCCACACUGGAGAGAAACCUUAUGAAUGUACACAGUGUGGAAAGGUUUUCACACGUUGGGGUAAUCUUGCUAAGCAUCAGAGAAUCCACACUGGAGAGAAACCUUAUGAAUGUACACAAUGUGGAAAAGCAUUCUCACGAAGGGGUUAUCUUGUUAUACAUCAGACAAUCCAUACUGGAAAGAAACCUUAUGAAUGUACACAGUGUGGAAAGCCUUUCAUAUGGAGGGGUGAUCUUGCUGCACAUCAAAGAAUCCACACUGGAGAGAAACCUUAUGAAUGUAAACAGUGUGGAAGGGCUUUCAGACGGAGGAGCUAUCUUGUUGAGCAUCAGAGAUUCCACACUGGAGAGAAACCUUAUGAAUGUACACAGUGUGGAAAGUCUUUCAUACACAGGGCGAGUCUUGCUGCACAUCAGAGGAACCACACUGGAGAGAAGCCUUAUAAAUGUACACAGUGUGGAAAGGCUUUCACACAGAGUAGUUCUCUUGGUGUACAUCAGAAGAUCCAUACUGGAGAGAAACCUUAUGAAUGUACACAGUGUGGAAAGGCUUUUACAUGGAAGGGUGAUCUUGCUAAGCAUCAAAGAAUCCACACUGACAAGAAACCUUAUGAAUGUAAUAAAUUCACAUAUAAACACUGUGGACAGGCCUUCACACAGAAGGACACUCUUGCUGCACAUCAGAGAAUACACACUGUAGAGAAACCCUAUAAAUGUAAACAAUGUGGAAAAGAUUUCACACAAAAGAGCAAUCUUGCUAGACAUCAGAAAAUCCACACUGGAGAGAAACCUUAUGAAUGUAAACAGUGUGGAAAGGCUUUCAAACAGAGGAGCCAUCUUGUUGAGCAUCAGAGAAUCCACACUGGAGUGAAACCUUAUAAAUGUAAACAAUGUAGAAAGGGUUUCAGAAAGAAGGGCAAUCUUGUUAUGCAUCAGAAAAUCCACACUGGAGAGAAACCUUAUGAAUGUACACAGUGUGGAAAGGCUUUCACAUCCAGGGGUGAUCUUGCUAAGCAUCAGAGAAUUCACACUGGAGAGAAACCUUAUGAAUGCAAACAGUGUGGAAAGACUUUCAACCGGAGGGGCCAUCUUGCUGCACAUCAGAAAAUCCAUACUGGAGACAAACCUUAUGAAUGUAAACAAUGUGGAAAGACUUUCAAACGAAGGAGUCAUCUUGCUGGACAUCAGAAAAUCCACACUAGAGUUUCCUGCUUUGGUCCUUGGACCUUUGGGGAAGGACAGAACCAGUCUCGCCCACCCACCCCCAACCCCCGUUUGUGGGGGCACAUUCUCUCCUCCGUGGGAGGGCAAAUCCCAGCCAAAGCUCCUGGUACAGAGAAAGCCGCCCCAUCUGAUGUGAGCACUUCCGUGUUUGCCCGUUUUCUAUGGUUCUUCAGUGAUGAACAGAGACACACGGGAGUCAUAAGGACAUUAAGACAGAAACAGAGACCUCCACCUCCACACACCACACAAACCCGAACCUCUGGUUGCACAAGCACCUGA